AAAUUGUGAUUUCCCUCCCUAAAAAAUCACAAACCCCACAACUCCCCUCCCUAGAAAAUCAAGAAACCCACGGCUUCUCUCUCUAAAGAAACCCUUCGAAACCCCUUAAGCACCAUGAGGGAUGAAAGAACAUUGCGGUACCCAAACGCUCGACCCCAAAUCCUCGAAGAACAUCGCGGUACCCAAACGCUCGUGAGGGUUGAAAAUCAUUUUCCUCAUGCUCUCCUCAACAAUCAUUGUGCCCCUUUCUCAGGGUUCCAGCGAGCAUGGCGGAGGGUCUUGCGAGCCCCGGCUGCGGCAACCACGAGAGCGGCGACCAGCCCUCGCUCCAACAUCCGCGAGCAAGACAGGUACCUUCCCAUUGCCAACAUAAGCCGCAUCAUGAAGAAGGCUCUACGGGUGAUGGGACGACCACGACCUCGGUUCUUGCGCGCGAGAUAAUUAAGCUCGGGC